UAUGGUGCAGCCACAUUUGGAGUACUGUGUGCUGUUCUGGUCACCGUUUCUUAAGAAGGAUAUUGUAGAACUGGAAAAGGUGCAGAAGAGGGCAACCAAGAUUAUUGGGGAGCUGGAGCACCUUCCUUAUGAGGCAAGGCUAGAGCAUCUGGGGCUUUUUUAGUUUGGAAAAGAGGCAACUAUGGGGGGACAUGAUCAAGGUGUAUAACAUUAUGCAUGGAGUAGGGAGAGUGGACAGAGAGAAAUUUUUCUCCCUUUCUCACAACACUUGAACCAGGAGUCAUCCCAUGAAACUGAAGGCUGGGAAAUUUAGGAUCAACAAAAGGAAGUACCUUGUCACAUGGCAUCAUCAUCAUCAUCAUCUAUGGAAUUCUUUGCCAGAGGAUAUGGUGAUGGCUACUAGCUGGGUGGCUUUAAAAGAGGCUUAAACAAUUUCUUAGAGGACAGUUCCUUCAAUGGCCACUAGUUUGGUGGCUGUAGGCCAUCUCCAGCCUCGGAGGCAAGAUGUCUCUAAAUCAAGCCUGCACAACAUAUAGCCCAGGGGCCGGAUCUGGCCCACAGGGACUUUCCUGCUGGCCCUCAGGAUUUUUCACCAGAGGAUAUGGAGCUUUCUGCCAGUGAACUCAGCAUUUAUGAUAAACUUUCAGAGACCAUUGACUUGGUGAGACAGACUGGUUACCAGUGUGGUAUGUCUGAAAAAGCCAUUGAGAAAUUCAUCAGACAACUCCUGGAAAAAAAUGAGCCCCAAAGGGGACCCCCACGAUACCCCCUUUUGAUGGUUCUCUAUAAGGGCCUGGUUACCCUGGGGUUAGUUUUACUAACUGCGUACUUUAUGAUCCAGCCACAUACCCUUUCGCCACCUGAAACUACACUCUCCAGAACCCAUGCGUGGGGCUCCCUCAUUAGUCAUAUCCGGCUGCUGCCUUUGCCAAUUACCAAGAAGUAUAUGCUGGAGAAGUGUCAAGACUGGUGGGGCCUAGACUGUAGACAGAAUGCUUCCAUGCCUGCCAACUGCUCUUGCUGCUGUUCUGUGAAAAACCUUGUGACAGUAGCUGACCUAAGACAGCGAUCAGAAAAGUUCCUGCAACCACAGCCCCUCUUGAUCAAGACAGGACAGUAUCGGUCUUAUGCUGAAAUGAGGUAUUUGCAGUCCCUGUACCCCGGACUGACAGACUUUGUGAUAAAAGAGGAUUUAACUGAGGUAUGGAGCAGCCAUCCAAGGCAGAGGCAUCUGUUUAACCCUUUCCGGCAAAAACCUCUGAACAAAACUCAGGUUCUGCAUGAGAUGUUCCCUGCCUUCUCUUCACUGCUGUUCCCAAAGACUGUUUCUCUGGAAAGCUGUUUUCUAGUGAGUCACCCAAGGCUUCAAGAUAAAACAUACAGGCUGCGGAGCACUUUUGUUGUUGGAAGUGGUCAGCUUACCUUGAAUAUUGUCCCCUCUGUGUUAUGCAGAGAGCAUUGCAAGACAUUGAUGGUUGAGCUAGAAGCUGGGGAUAUGGGUUUUGCAGAUACAAAUUAUUGGACAACAAGCUUUAACUCCAGGGGAUCAGAACCCACUGUUGUUUGUGAUGGAUCUGCCACUUAAAAGUUCUGAGGAACAAAGCCAUUGCAUUGUGAGAUGACUGCAGGAUCAAAGACAAAGAAGCAGAGUACAAGUGAGAGAGCCACAAUUUCCAGGGACUUGGUUCCCCUAUUCUACACCUGCAGUGAGGGAGGCCGUGCACUUUAAAGGACAUCAUCUCUUCUUCUCCAAUAUGUUUGCUUUCCUCAAAUGUAUGGGUAGGAAUUGGAGAAGCCAUUUCCCUCUAGCUUUGUAUAGAUUUCUCCUUGAAUGCUGAUGGAAAGGUUUCUGAGGGCAAGAUAUGUGAAUAUUGCCCGCUUGACACUGCAAAGGGAGUUCUCACUUAAAUUCAACUUUCUAGACAUCUGGAAAGUUAUUAUCAGGUCUGCUGUUUGAUUUGUAUCUGGGUCCCUUCUGCAGAAGGAGCAAAGUACCAAAAUGUCACCUGACGUCUGUGGGCACAACUGUUCACUGCAGAAGAAGUCUGUUCAUGGCCUAGUUAUAUGUUACAGCUUGGAUGCAAGGACUGCUGCAAAUUGUUUCAACUUUGCCAUAUUCUGAUGACACAAUAUUCAGGCAUUAGUCUUUUUAGUGAAAAAAAAUCAAUGCAUAUUUUUCUCUAACAAAAUGCUGGCGUUGCUUUAUAUGAUCUUUCUUUAUAUGUGUGUGGUUGAGGUGGGGUUCAUAUAUCUGACAAGGAAAAGCACUUUGCAACUUUCUUUUUCCAUCUCUUUUUCACGGAUGUUGAAAUGCAUAUCCUUGCCACUUCCCUGGACUAGAUCAGCUUAAUGCCAAAUUCAAGAUUUUUUAAAGUGACUAAUAAUUUGGCUGCUUGAUACAUUUUGUUAAGAGGGUUGACCUCUUUUCCUUCAGGAAGUGCUGAGCACUGUUCUUCUGGAAAUCAGGCCUUUUGUGGGGAGGUCUAGAUUGGGCACCCGACUCAGUCACAGUCUUGGUCUGUGUAGUCAUGUUCACUUGAAUCUAGGAAACUAUAUAUCAAAAGCUUUCCAUGCAAAUUUUGCUUGAAUGCUGUCCAGCCAACAAGGUGACGAUGAAUGGAUACUUUUAUUACUGUGGGCAAGAUUGGAAUAGUUAGUUCUUCAAGCUUGUGCCAUGUUUGCCCUCUUCUCUUCCCCUGUGUUUUGUUAAUGUAUUUUCUCCAUCUUAAGCCAUGUUUUAGGAUGCAUGUGGAUUAUGCUUGAGCUCUUUCCAAGCUGCUCGUCAACUCAUCUGUUGUCUGGUGCAUUUGGAGAGGAUCAGUUUCAGGCAUGUGUUGUCUACAGUUGUAGUGGUACAUCCCAAGGGUGAAUCUUUAGGUUCCUGCUGUGUUAAGAUAAUUUGCAGAUGUGUCAGGCUGAAGUCAGAGCCCAGCAAUGAGGCUGGGGUGUCCAUUUUAACAUGUUUAUGUGCUAUUGGGGAUUAUUUUGUUUUCAAACAAGUUAACAAUACAACUUUUCAAAUGAGAAACAAGAGCUUAUUCAUUUGUAAAUAGAGGUCAUUUUAAAGAAAGGAAUCCAAGUGACCUGUUUUUCUAGUUAGAAAAUUAGUUUGGAAAUAUUAUGAAUUGUACUGCAGCAUUUAAAGGCUCUUGUCAGAAUAGGGGUUUCAUCUCCUGGGUGUUGUAUAAAUAUACAAAAUACCUUUUUUGCUUUGUUUUAAUUGAAUAUAUUUUGUUCUGCGAACAUGCAGAACUUAUUUGAGGGCUAUCUUGUGAGACUAACUUAUGACAAUGAAGCUAGAGGUGCAUAUAUAUAUUUAAAGGGUGAAUGGGGGGCACCGCUGUGGAGGCUUUGACUUUUUUGGAGGGUUGGCAUUUAACCUGCCUCAUUCUCCAACAUUUCCCUUGGUCAGAUGGCUGAUCUCUUUCUCUUCCUGUUUGCUCACCUAAUUUCCCCCCCUUUUCUUUUCUGCAUAAUGGAAAUUCUCACAGUUUAUAAGUCUGCUUGAGGUCUGCAAAAGAAAAAUAAACCACUACAUCAGAGUUCAAUAUCCUUUUAAAAGUUAUUUGAUCAUAGCAAGUGCUGUAGGAAAUAUGUGCUGUUUGCUUUUUUAUUAGUCCUGAACCAAUUAAUGGGAGUCUCACAUCUCUUUAUACUGUGGCUGCUUUUUAAAACAUUUACGCUUUGAAGCUAGCAAAUUUGUCUUGGUUUCAAGUCCUUCUCUAUUAACCUUUACUAAUGUAGAUCAAUGCACAGAGUACAGUUCUCCCUGUAUUGUGCCAAAGCAAAAUAAAAAAGGUAUUUGCAUUACUGAGUACGGCAAAACAAGCAAAUCCAAAACAUAAAUCUGGCUGACUAAGAUACAAAGAUUUUUAUUUUUUUAAAAAACCCUCAAAUGUACAGAGGUAUGGACACCUUUUCUAGUUUAGUAGAGAAAUGUCUGCAUUUUUGGAAUUGAGUUAGUGAUCCCAACUGCUUAAUAGUAAGGGGACGGAAAUCAAUCAGAAUUGGCCUCAUGAUCUCAAGAGAACAGGAGUUUCGUAGGCCAGCUUGCACAUGUGCUGCACAAGUGUUUCCAUAAAAAUGGCUUCUCUCUCCCAACCUCAACCGCAGAGCAGGAAAUUGUUAGUUUGUUGGACAGGAGAUCAUCUGUCCUGCUUACGGACUGGCUUUCCAUGUGCACUUUGUCUUUGCAUAGAUUUCCAGAUCUGUGUCUAGGAGGUGCUGUGCACAUGUCCAGGCCGUAUUCCCUUUGGAGUUUACAUCAUUUGUUUUCAAAUUUCCAGUACAUUUUCUCCUUCCCUUCCCCCAGCUGCAAGGAAUUAAAAGCAGAAGUAAUUGCUCAACAGAAUCAGAUGUCCAAGUUCUCUGAUUUUGAGCUGAUUAAGAGUCUUUUAAUUAAAUCAGAGUUUUUCUUGUCUGAUCUGCAGUGCCAGCUAGCAAUCUGAACUCUGAAGCAUGUUUUACCACCUGACCCUACCCCUUUCUGCGCUGGCCAGAUAGUGUAUGUUGUCAUUUUUUUGCUUUUAGCAUGAACCUGGUAAAUUAGCAUGGAGAGGGAACCCUCAGGAAGAUAGUUUGUUGUGAAUUAAAAUGUAGGGCCUGUGAAACUGAUUAUCUAACUCAAAAAGUAUGAAGAGUCAGAAACCCUUCUUACAGACCAGUCAGCCUUAAAACCAAAUGCAUAUCAUAAGUAAUUGGUGUUUGUGAUGCACAGUUGGAAAGGAAUAAUUUCUGAAAUUUGGCAACAGACAUGCAGUAGGGAGUGAGAACCCUAGGAAGUAGAGCAAAUUCCAGGCUUAUUAAAAUGUGGCACACCUCUGCAGUCCUCUACUGCUUGAACUGCACAAAAUGUUCUGGGUUGCCUGUGUAAUCAUUGCUGUAUACCUUGGCUUUCUCUUUGCCUCUCUUGGAGAAGCAAACUCUUUCUUCUGCUGUGUUGCAGUAUUUCCCAAGAUCAAUGUCUUUCUCCGCUCACAGUGUAUUCCUAAAUCUUGUGUCUAGGAUCUCAAGGAGGGGCUUGUCAUGAUGCCAUGAGAUGGCACAUCUAGUUAAAAUUCACAAGCCAAGAUACAAAGCGCGCUUGCCAGUUUUUCUUAGUAAUAAGAUAUCUUUCCUAUGAGCAAACCACACUGCCGUGGUGAAUGGAAUUGAUAUGACAUAAUGGCAGGAAGAGGUGAAUGGGGUGUGGAGAGGCUUUAUUGAUCACAAGACAUGCAAGUAGAGACUCUUCCAGCUGCCUAGGCACACCCAGUACUUUUUUCACUGUAAUGGAUGUUUGGUGUUCAAAUCACCAUGGCAUUUUUUUUCCAAAAUGGUAACAUUUGGACUUCAGUUUCAAAAGGUUUGUGUAGUAACUUACCUAGCGUCAGAUGGAGCUAGGAGCCAAGUGGCUUUACCUUCACAGCAUCUUUUGGGAAAGAUACUGACAAUGUUAAUCUCUCUAGGAGGAGAACUUUCGUUCUGAAAGGAAAGGGGACAAUCCUGUAAUUUUAGCAGGACUGUCACUGGGAAUUAAGGCUGGUGGGGUCAGGCUUUCCUUUCUGCCUGAUAGUGAGGACACCUAUGACUCAUGAACUGCACUGUUGAUGCUGGGUGCUCAGUGUCCACAAAGACCAAAUCACAAGUGUCAAGAAAUUCAUUGUUUUGCAACAAAUGAAUAGAAGGCAUUUAAAUCUCAGUGUGUUUGACUCUUAUUUGUAUAUUUUAUGUGAGGAAAUGUGUAGUUCAGGGAAAACUAAACAUGACGGCUUUUUAGAUAAAAAUAUAAAAUGUUACUGUUUUAUUGCAUGUGGGGAAUGCUGGACUUUCCUGCUGCUUUUGAGGCUUGAACAAAUGAUUUUUUUAAAUGUCAUUUGUGCAACGAACAUAGGUGAAAUUGUUCAUUGUUAUACAUUAUAAUGGCUCAGGGGUGACAGGGAAAUUGUGUUGUAUAUAUUGGACAAGCGUGAACAUGAAAUUAUGGAAAUGUAUCUCUCAUUGCUGUGAAAGAAUGUAAAUAUGCAAUUCAAGAAAAGUUUUAUAGACAACUACAAAUUAAUAUAUUGCAGCCUUUUUGUAAAUACUUGGGAAAUGCCUGUAAAUAAUGUAAAUAAGUCAGAUUUGUAUGUGGGGAUGGGGGCCAAUUUUUACUUUUUGCAAUUAAAUUCAGCUGUUGAUGCACUGUCCCCCUUACGUGGCUUCUCUUGUUUAUUAAAGAAACAGUGUCACUA